GCAGGGGAACACUAUUUCAACACAAGACCGGAAGCGAGUCGGAAUUCCCCAGAAAAAGCGGAAGUGACAUCAUCAAGACGCUUUUGUCGGUCUUCCUAAAAAAUAAUGGACGACGUGUGAUGAUAUUUUACCCAUAGUAGCUAUAUAAAAUGUCCAGCAGGGAAUUUAACGAUAAUUUAUUAAUAUUUAUUGACCGGGGAUCUAAUAAUCGUGUGUUUUAGUACAGAAGCCACCCGGAAAGCGCGCUGUUUGUUGUCAAAAUGAGUGAUGUUGUGGAGAAAACGCUGACAGCUCUACCAAGCCUCCUCUCUUUAGACUCUCAGCCUGGCUCUGCAAAACUGUCCUCCAACUCUAAACUAGGAAACCUCAUCAGAGGAAUCACUGAACUAACAUCUAAACAUGAGGAAGAGAAACUAAUUCAGCGAGAGCUUUUGUUAAUUAAAGAACAAGUGUCUUCCCCUAACACCACUAUGAGACAGAUGAAGGAGCUCAUGGUGAGAGCCAUCUACUGUGAAAUGUUGGGCUACGGGGUCUCCUUCAGCUACAUUCAUGCCAUCAAACUGGCUCAGCAAGGGAACGUUCUGGAGAAGAGAGUUGGUUACCUUGCCGUGUCGCUGUUUUUGAAUGAAGGUCAUGAGCUGCUUCUUCUCCUGGUUAACACAGUGUUAAAGGAUCUUCAGAGUACAAACCUGAUUGAAGUGUGCAUGGCUCUCACAGUGGUGAGCCAGAUGUUCCCCAAAGACAUGAUCCCUGCCAUCCUGCCCCUGGUGGAGGAAAAGCUCAAUCACCCGAAAGAAAUAAUUCGACGUAAAGCGGUCCUGGCCUUAUAUAAGUUCUACUUGAUAGCCCCAAAUCAAGUUCAGCACAUUCACUACAAGUUUCGUAAAGCCCUGUGUGACAAAGACCCCGGCGUGAUGUCGGCUUCUUUGCACAUCUACUUGCAGCUCAUCCAGGAGAAUCCAGAAGGUUACAAAGAUCUCGCACCAAGUUUUGUCACCAUACUCACACAGGUGGUGGGAGGGAAGCUGCCAAUGGAUUUUAACUAUCACAGCGUUCCCGCUCCGUGGCUUCAAAUCCACCUUCUCAGAAUACUUUCCUUACUGGGGAAAAAUGACCAGAGCACAAGUGAGAUCAUGUAUGACAUCCUUGACGAGUCUUUGCGAAGAGCAGAGAUGAACCACAACAUCACCUAUGCUAUUUUAUACGAGUGCGUAAAAUGUAUUUACACCAUUUAUCCCAAAUCUGACCUAUUGGAGAAAGCUGCAAAGUGCAUCGGCAACUUUGUUCUGUCGGCAAAGAUUAAUCUAAAGUAUCUCGGUCUGAAGGCUCUAACCUACGUGGUCCAGCAGGACCCAAAGUUAGCCUUGCAGCAUCAGAUGACCAUAAUAGAGUGUCUAGAUCACCCUGACCUCAUUAUCAAGCGGGAGACGCUGGAGUUACUCUUUCGAAUAACUAAUGACCAGAAUGUCACGGUAAUCGUUGAGAAGAUGCUGGACUUUCUGCGAAUCAGUAAAGAUGAUCAUACCAGCAUGGACCUGGUUGGGAAGGUGGCAGAACUGGCAGAAAAAUAUGCACCAGAUAAUGAAUGGUUUAUUGAGACCAUGAACACAAUUUUUUCACUCGGUGGAGACCUGUUGCAGCCAGACAUCCCACACAGUUUUCUUAAACUGCUCUCUGAGGGAUUUGACAGCGUGGAAGAAGACAAGAAGUUGAGGCUUUUCGCUGUGAAUUCCUACAUUUCUUUGCUACAAGGAGACUCCAGCAAACUGCCACAGCGCUUCCUCCAAGUAAUCUGCUGGGUUCUUGGUGAGUACUCUCAUUUAAGGGAGGACGAUGAGCCAGACGUCGUUCUGAGGCUGCUGGCCAAACUGUUGGACACGAAGAGCAGCAGCAGUGAAACAAAGUGCUGGAUCCUUAUGGCAAUGACCAAGCUCUGCUCUGGUGGAGCGGCUCUAACUUUGGUUCGUGACAUCUCUGAAACAUACAGCAGCUCCCUGGACACAAUGCUGAGACAAAGAGCCCAUGAGCUACAGAUCCUCAGCCAAGACUCUGACCUGCAAGCCAAGGUGUUACCUCGAAGUGUCAGCAUGGAGCCUGUGGAGGUGGAUUCCUCGCUUUCAUUUCUGGAUGGAUUUGUGUCCGAGGCGUUGGCUGCGGGCGCUGCUCCUUACAAGCCUCCACAUCAAAGGCAGGAGGAGCUGUGUCGUUUAAAAGUGCUGAACCUGGAGCCCUAUGGACUGUCGCUGCCUAUCAGCAUGUCCUCCUGCAGCAUCCCAGACAGGCAGUCUCCCACGCUGUUGUCCAUGAGCUCCGGUCUCUCAGGCGACAGCAAUGAUUUCUCACACAAGGGCAGCUCUAAAGCUUUGAAGCUGGAUGGUGUGAAGAGGAUGUGGGGCAGAGGUGGCUAUCUGGCUCAGAAAGAACCUACAGAAGGAGCUCCUCAGAUUGAGGCUGCCAGCCCAGUCCGGUCCUUCAACCAGCGGGGCGACACUGACGGCUCAAACAGUCAAACGCCAACUCCGACACCAACCCCUGAAUGUGAUCAGAAGAAACAGCAGCUGGCGUCCUCACUGUUUGUCGGUCUGGCCUCCCAGAGCUCCCUGUGUCUGAUGGGAAAGUCUGAGCCAACAUCCCAGCGUUUCAGAAGAAAAACCAAAGCUUCAGGCAGUACUGAGCAACCAACACUUGUCUCACCUUCUGAUGGUGCCGAUAACUUGCUGUGUGAGAACCCGCUGGAGUCAUCAGACCUGGACGUUUCCUCACCUGAACAGACACAAGGAGUCCCUCAGGACCUCACCUCUACGAACGGCUCCUGUAAUCCAGAAGAAGAGUUAACCGACACGGACACAAAGGGAGUUAAUACUCCUAUCAUCAGAGAUGAACGUGUGACAGCAGAACCUCCUCCACACAAAGACCCAGACAGGUCUAAAUACUUGUGUCUCACCUCACAUUUUCCAGCAGAGCUUUCUGCUCUUUCUCGCUCCAAAAUCACUCCACUGUGCUCCAACCAAAGCCUGGAUGUCUCAGCCUGCCACGUGCAGAAAGAAGAUUCAGUCGUGCUUGUUGUCUUUGUCUCCAACUGCUCAGACUCUUUCCUUCAGCAGAUACGACUGCAAGUCAACUCUGAGGAACUAGAGGUAUCCUGUGUGUGUGACUGUCCAUCGGAGGAAUUAAAAAGCCACAGUGUAGCAGUUUGUCAGUAUUUCCUAUCUGUAAGGAGACCCUCAGCUCACUUUGAUCUGUCUGCGGCGGUAUCCUGGCAGCUGCCUGCCGGGUCACCUCAGACGGCACAGUUCUCAUACAAACUUCCUCUGACAAGCUUCAUCAGAGCCUUGAGGCUGUCUACAGAGGAGUACGGAGCCAUGUGGUUGGACUACUCUCAUGACACAAAGCAGAAUCUGACGCUGCUAGAUGAUGACCAGGAUCCCCUCACAGCCACUCUCGACGUACUGAAGAGAAAGAUUCAGCUUCAUGUUGUGGAAAUUAUAGGUGUGGAGGGUAUUGCAGCUUGCUGCCUGCAGCGGGAUCAGCCGUGUCUCAUGCACUGUCGCGUGCAUGGCGGCAUGCUGGCCGUAUGGCUGCGCUCUCCAGUCCCUGACCUGCCUGAUUGCCUCCUCUACCACUGCCAGAGAGCUUUACAGGAGCUCUGAGGUCCUCAGCUGCAGCACCACCACGACUCCACAGAGCCAGACAGAACUGCAGGGCAUACUGGCACCAGCUGCUUUGAUUUCAUGUCUUUUAUUUACUCACUGUUGCUGUUUAAUUUUUCACAAGUGAUCAAAAAUCAUGGGAAGUCAUGGCAGGUAAUAAGCUCAGGGCUUACAGUGCAGGUUUUAAAUGACACAAUUGUCUUACAAAUAUGGUAUUAUAACGAAAUUAUCUUUUUCGCAAAUACAUAAAGUCAAACCCUGCGUUUGUGCUUUCUUCUUAAAACAACUUUUAAUAGAAUUAACCAAAAAAAUUAUGAAUUUGUUUUAAUUUUUGUUUCUAUGUCCUGUCUUCUAAUUUAUAACCCAGGUUCUUAACAUUAGCUGCAUUUCAUGACUUAAAUAAAACUCUAGAAAGUGUAGUUUGUUCUUCAGAUGAUCUACAGAGAAGCAGAAAGAGUUUUCUUUAGUAUAUUUAUGAAAAGGCUUGCUGCCUAUGAAGCACAUGAGUGGCCUUAUUUGUUCAGGGCCUUCUGUGCUAUCGUGGUUUAUGUAUCAUCUGUGCUUCUUUGCCAUUUUUGUGAGACACAUCUUCGUUAAUGUUUGAGGCAUAUUUUUGCUCUAGUCUGCUUUAGACUUGUCCUCUGAGUCUCCUAAAUGUAUAACAUUAGAGCAUUUACAUACGUUGUGGCCCUGGCAUUAUUUUAAGACGACUAAAGGAAGGAAAAGCACAAGAAAGUGGAAAUUUACAGAGACUCUAGGAUAUUUUUUUGCUUAAUUGUCUUAUAGCAAACUUUAAACUGCUGUCUCUAAAAGAAAUAUUUUUCUCUUGAAGCCGCACUGAAAUUUGUCAAAGUAAAAAAGGAUUUUAUUUAUCUUUAAGUUUAAGUUUUGAUGUCAUUAACACACUGGUUAAUGUUCUCCGUCUUAACCAUUACAGCAGAGCUCUAACUUCCAUAUUGUAUUUUUGUCUUUAUCAUAAGUAUAUUUUUAGCAUAUUUUUGAACUCAUUCAGUAUUAAAACAUAUUUAUUCAGUUUGUGCUUUAAAUACUUUAUACUAAUUUCACAGGCAUGCAGGAAAUCUCGUGCUGUUCGAUUGCUCGGGAAGGGAGUUCGAUCUGUUUUUCAUGUCUUAUGUACUGAUUUAAAGCUGGACAGUGUUUGUAAAUCUAAAACCUCAUGCCUUAUGUUCUAAUGCCAAGGUGGCAUGUUUGAUUUGUGCCUGUGGUACAGAGAAGAGUCAUCGUUCCUUGGAGUGCCUUGGAGUCACGUUCUGAGAAUAAAUGAAUAAAUUCAACACUUGUAAAUUGA